AUGGGGAAGAAGCGAGCGGCGGCCGUGAGUGCCACUGCUGUCCCGUUGCCCGGGCCCGCCGCCGCCGAGCCAGAGCCGGACCACUUCAACGACUACGGCUUCGACCCGCAGCUCCUCCACUUCUUCUCCCAGCUUGAGGUGAAGCGGCUGUGGGGUAGGCGCCAGCGCCACCACCAGCACCAGCCUGCGCAGUCCAAGCCCCUGGAGUCCGCGCGGUUCAAGCUCCAGAAGCCCAUCUCCAAGAAGCACCACCACCGCCCACAGAAGCAGCAGCGCCGCCGGUGGUGGAGCUCCGCCGCUUCCGCCGCGCUCCAUCUCUUCAAGAAGCGCCCCUCCUCCACCAGACCCGCACCCGCCGCAGCUCCAACUCCCCCGUACGGGUCGGCCGCGUCGACCACCGUGCCUCUGUACCUCGCCGACUACGAUGCUGCAGGCGGGGACGACGACGACGGCGCGGCCGCGUGCACGUGCUGGGCGCCGGCCGUGCGGUCCGGCAGCCGCCUCGCCGCCGCCGAGCUCGGCGCCGCGGCAGUGGCGGUUCCCUACGUCAGCCUCAGGUCCACUAGCCUCGCAGGCGGUGGUGGCGCUGAAGGCGCUCCGGUGAUGCCCAUCUACCUCGUGACGUGA